UCAUUGCGCAUGAAUAUAAAUACAUUAGUAUUAAUUGCUAGGAAGCAUUACUUAUUGAUGCAAAGCUUGAAACAGCAAAAAAGUGCAAGUACUUGUACUUAUUAUGGCUGCGGUUUUGAUCGUUCCAGUUUUCAUGAUUCUUGUCCUACUUCUCAAUCUCACCAUAAAAAUAAGAAGGAAAUUAGCAGAAAAGUCCUCGAAUCUCCCUCCAGGCAGCUACGGAUGGCCGAUUCUUGGUGAAACGGUGGAGUUUCUUCGUGCUGGGUUGGAGGGGACACCUGAGAAAUUUAUCAAAGAGAGAAGUGAAAAAUACAAAUCUCAAGUCUUCAAAACUUCACUGAUGGGGGAGCCUAUGGUGAUGCUAUGCGGGGCAGCAGGAAACAAGUUCUUAUUCAGUAAUGAAAAUAAGCUGGUAACAGUUUGGUGGCCAAGCUCUGUGAGACAACUGCUUGGACACUGCUUAGCAACGAGCAGUGGUGAUGAAGGAAAGCAAAUGAGGAAGAUGGUGUCUUAUUUUGUGAGUCCUGAUGCAUUCACGAGGCUUUACAUCAGAACUAUGGAUUUGGUUUCUCAGCAGCAUAUCAAGACUCAUUGGCAAGGUAAAGAAGAAGUGAAAAUCUCUCCAACCAUCAAGUUAUACACGUUUGAACUUGCAUGUCGCCUAUUUAUGAGCCUUGAAGACCAGGAGCAAAUCUCAAAGCUCGUUACUCUGUUCAAUGUUUUCUUGAAGGGGAUAAUAUCAGUCCCUGUCAACUUUCCAGGAACAAGAUUUUACAAGGCAAAGAGAGCUACAUCUGCUAUAAAGAGUCAACUUCAGAAGAUAGUCAGACAAAGAAGAGCAGCCUUGGAACAAAGAACAGCUGUACCUUCCCAAGAUCUUCUAUCACAUUUACUUGUGGCUCCGGAUGAAAAUGGCAAGUUUAUGUCUGAACCCGUUAUCGUAAACAACAUAUUAAUGCUGCUCUUUGCUGGCCAUGACACAUCUAGUGUUGCGAUAACGAUGCUGAUGAAGAAUCUUGCACAACUUCCUGACAUUUACGAAAAAGUGCUGAGAGAGCAAAAUGAAAUUGCAUCAUCGAAGGAAGCAGGGGAGUUUCUGCAGUGGGAGGAUGUACAGAAGAUGAAGUACUCAUGGAAUGUUGUUUGUGAAGUAGCGAGAAUAUCACCACCCAUCAUAGGCGCUUUUAGAGAAGCAUUAGCCGAUAUAACUUAUGCAGGUUACCACAUUCCCAAGGGAUGGAAGUUGUACUGGAGCUCAUCAUUUACGCACAGAGAUGCUAGCUGGUUUCCAGACUAUCCAAAUUUUGAUCCAUCAAGAUUUGAAGGGGCAGGCCCUGCUCCAUUUUCAUAUGUCCCAUUUGGUGGGGGGCCUCGAAUGUGCUUGGGAAAAGAGUUCGCCCGGCUGGAGAUACUCAUAUUUCUACACAAUGUUAUAAGGAGAUAUAGGUGGAACUUACAGAUUCCUGAUGAGAAAAUUGCAUAUGAUCCAAUGCCCACGCCAGUUGAAGGACUUCCAGUUCAGCUUCACUCUCACAUAGCUUAAGAUGCUAAAAAUUGGUGGCAUGAAAGAGAUAAGAGACUAGUAAUUCUUGAAAGUAAGCAGCAUAUAGCUUUAUGGGUUAUGAUUUCGGCUAACUAUGAGUUUCAUGGCUUGCUUACCUUGGUAGAUGUGUGAGAAGUUAUUAAUAUAUAUUCAUGUCAAACAUAUAAGGUGUAGUCAAGAUUGAAAAUAUUACAGAAGUGAGCAAGUAAGACAGAAGUGAACUGUUCAAAAUGCAGUUGCGGAAAAGCAGUGCUGAUUCAAACAUUAAGUUCAACAGACUUUAUGUUGCGUUUGCAAGUGGUUGU